UGUCACUAAUCAUUAAUGUCAGUAAAGUUAGUUGCAACUGUUGGAAUCGUCGAAUUGUUAUGUUCAUUUUGAAGUAAAUUAACAAAAUGUCUUUUUUAUCCAAUGCACUUAUUGGAAAUCCAUUUUCUACUCCAGUAGGAAGCAGAAUAGAACAAGCUACAGAUGGAACAUUGGCAUCUGAAAAUUGGGCUCUCAACAUGGAGAUAUGUGAUUUGGUUAAUGAGACAGAAGAAGGGCCCAGGGAUGCGAUUAAAGCCAUACGUAAAAGACUUACUCUGAAUGCAGGAAAAAACUAUACAGUUGUUAUGUAUACGUUGACCAUACUUGAAACCUGCGUGAAAAAUUGUGGAAAAAGAUUUCACGUUUUGGUUUGUAACAAGGAUUUCAUUCAAGAAUUGGUGAAGUUAAUUGGACCAAAAAAUGAUCCUCCGACUGCAGUUCAGGAAAAGGUCCUUAGUCUUAUACAGUCCUGGGCUAGCGCUUUUCAGUCACAACCUGAUAUGUCAGGUGUGAUAUCGGUAUAUCAAGAUCUACUUGCCAAGGGAAUUGAGUUCCCCGCUACUGACUUGGAUUCACUUGCCCCCAUUCAUACUCCCAAAAAGGAAUUACAUGCCGUCUGCCAGAGUAUGCAACAAAGAUUGGUAGAAUUAAUAGGCAAAUUGUCGAAUGACGGCCUUUUCGAAGAACUUCUGCGAAUCAACGAUGAUCUGAAUAACCUAUUCCUGCGCUACAGUAGGUGGGAGAAGAACAGAGAAGCGGGAAUGAAACAUUCUGCAUCAUCCGUACUCUCCAAAGCUAUUCCCCCAACAACUAAACCACCCUUGGAAGCUAGUGAUAGCCUAAUCGAUUUUGAUGAUGAAUUACCUGCCAGUGUGAAUAGAAUGAGUAUUUCAAGCAGCAAGGCUUCAGGCGAUGCAUCUAAUAAAUUGACUAUCGGUAAGAACGACGAUGAGUUUGAUAUGUUUGCCCAGUCGAGGAAUGUAACUUAUGAAAGCUCAAAACACAGCAGUAGCACCUAUAAAGAUAACAUCAAUCCUGACCAAAUAUCGGGUGGCCUCAGUUCUAUCACUCAGCGGAAACCAACUAAUUCUGAAGAUCAGGAAAUCGAUGAAAUGGCCAGUUGGUUAGGUAAAACGACUGGCGUAGAAGAAUCAGUUACGAGUAGCGACUUCGAGAGGUUUCUUGCAGAAAGGGCGGCCGCAGCUGAAAAUUUACCUACUAUAGCUUGUUCGACAAGUGCAAACACCGCUACAAAAACCACAAAGGAUAAAAACGGAGAUAUGCCUGCUUCAUAAUUAUUUAUCGUGAUUUGUUGAGGCUAUUACAAUACCCCUUUGGCUGACCAAAUGUUAUAUAAAACUUAAAUAUCAUUUUAGCUUUCAAAAUUGAUUUGAGACUCGAAAUUGAUAUAGGAUGCAUAGGAGAUUUUCAUUUAUCUCUUGACUGAUAAUGUUAGCGAUAUUGAGAUAUGGAAACAAAAACGGUUUCAGGUACGAUUCGGGCUCGAGACCAGAAGCAUUGCUAUUCCACUAGAUAUUGAAGAAAACCAAACUAAUCUUUCAUUACUUGAAAUAAUCAUAGUUGAAUGUUGCUAUUAACAUAAUGUUUUUAAUUUUCUGCUUAUAUUUACAUAAUGCAAAGUGAAUGCAUCAUUGCUAGGGUUGGAUAUGUUGAAAAAUAUAUGGUAUAUUGGUCUGUGAUAUUUGAACCAAAACACAUUUAAAGGUUUUAGCUGGAUAAGAUCGUCAAAACUGUUAUAAAUCAAUUGGAGCAGAAUUAGGUGGAUUAUUUGACUCCAAAGUGUUGAUUUCCUACACCUCUGCGGAGCCAAUUUCGAUCUUUUACCAUAGGCGUGCGCUCAUAUAAAAACGAAAUUUAA